UCCCCGAGCCUGCCGCCGCCGCCGCCGCCGCCGCCGCCUCCUCCUCCUCCAUCUCCCGGCGCUGGAGCCGCCUCCUCGGCCAGUGGCGUAGCCCGGACUCGGCGGCGGGCAGCGACGGCGAGGGGCGGAGGUCCGAGCCCGGGGUUAGCCGAGCGGGGGGCCAUGGAGAAAGCGGCCCGAGGCGCUCUCCACCGGGACUAGCGUGAGCCCGCCGCGGCUGCCGGCGCCAUGGACCGAGCCCCCGCAGAGCAGAAUGUCAAGCUGUCAGCUGAGGUAGAACCUUUUAUUCCUCAGAAGAAGAAUCCCGAUACAUUUAUGAUCCCUAUGGCACUCCCAAACGAGAAUGGAAAUGUUUCUGGUGUAGAACCAACUCCAAUCCCCAGCUACCUGAUUACUUGUUAUCCAUUUGUACAAGAAAACCAGUCUAAUAGACAAUUUCCAUUGUAUAACAAUGAUAUACGAUGGCAACAGCCCAGUCCAAACCCUGCUGGACCAUACCUGGCCUACCCAAUCAUAUCUGCUCAGCCGCCUGUUUCUGCGGAGUAUGCCUACUACCAGCUGAUGCCUGCUCCCUGUGCUCAGGUUAUGGGCUUCUACCAUCCUUUUCCUACACCUUACUCCAACACCUUCCAGGCUACGAAUACUGUAAAUUCUUUAACCACAGAAUGCACUGAGCGUCCAAAUCAGCUUGGGCAAGUCUUCCCAUUGUCUAGUCAUCGGAGCAGAAAUAAUAACAGGGGACCAGUGGUACCAAAACAACAGCUUUUACAGCAGCACAUAAAAAGCAAAAGGCCACUGGUCAAAAAUGUAGCUACUCAGAAAGAGACGAAUGCAGCAGGUCCUGAUAAUCGAUCCAAAAUUGUGCUUCUGGUAGAUGCAUCACAGCAAACAGAUUUCCCGUCAGACAUUGCUAACAAGUCUCUCUCGGAGAGUUCUGGCACGAUGCUCUGGAAAUCCAAAGGCAGGAGGAGAAGAACUUCCCACCCUACUGCUGAAUCCUCUAGUGAGCAGGGGGCUAGUGAAGCUGACAUCGACAGCGAUAGCGGCUACUGCAGCCCCAAACACAGCAACAACCAGCCUGUAGCAGGGGUUUUGAGAAACCCUGAUUCCAGCACCGGGAAUCACAUGGACUCAUCUAUAUGUGCAGGUGGAGUAAAUUGGUCUAAUGUAACUUGCCAGGCAACUCAGAAAAAACCAUGGAUGGAAAAAAAUCAGGCAUUUUCUAGAGGUGGAAGACAGAUGGAGCAAAGAAAUAAUUCACAGGUUGGUUUCAGAUGCCGAGGGCACAGCACUUCCUCAGAAAGAAGACAGAAUCUGCAAAAGAGACAAGAUAAUAAGCAGUUAAACCCCACUCAGUCUCACAGAGGCGACCCUAAUUCUGAGUCUUUAUAUUUUGAGGAUGAAAACAGAUUUCGAGAAUUGAAUGAAAAUGGAACUGCUAAAGAUGAGAAUAUUCCACAGAAACUUUCUUCAAAAGUGUUGGAUGAUUUGCCUGAAAACUCACCAAUCAACAUAGUGCAGACUCCAAUUCCCAUUACAACCUCAGUUCCUAAACGUGCAAAAAGUCAGAAGAAGAAAGCGUUAGCAGCAGCCCUUGCCACAGCUCAAGAAUAUUCUGAAAUAAGUAUGGAGCAAAAAAAAUUACAGGAAGCUUUAUCAAAGGCUGCUGGAAAGAAGAAUAAAACACCUGUUCAGCUAGAUUUGGGGGACAUGUUGGCAGCUCUGGAAAAGCAGCAGCAAGCCAUGAAAGCACGGCAGAUCACGAACACCAGGCCUCUGUCUUACACAGUGGUUACUGCAGCUUCGUUUCACACUAAAGAUUCUGCCAAUCGAAAGCCUUUGGCCAAAGGUCAGGCCUGUUUGACAUCCUUUAAUUCUUUGGACAUUACUUCCUCUUCGAAAGCAAAAAAGGGGAAAGAGAAGGAUAUUGCAAAACUAAAACGGCCCACAGCACUUAAAAAGGUUAUUUUGAAAGAAAGAGAGGAAAAGAAGGGUCGUCUGACUGUGGACCAUAAUCUUAUGGGACCUGAGGAAGCAGUAGAAAUGCACUUAGAUUUUAUUGAUGAUUUGCCGCAGGAAAUUGUUUCCCAGGAAGAUACUGGACUGAGCAUGCCCAGUGAUACUUCACUCUCUCCAGCAAGUCAGAAUUCUCCAUACUGUAUGACACCCGUGUCACAAGGCUCUCCAGCGAGUUCUGGGAUAGGGAGUCCAAUGGCAUCUUCGACAAUAACCAAAAUCCACAGCAAGAGAUUUAGAGAAUAUUGUAACCAGGUUCUUUGCAAAGAGAUUGAUGAAUGUGUGACUCUUCUUCUCCAAGAGCUUGUGAGUUUCCAGGAACGCAUCUACCAAAAGGAUCCUGCAAGAGCAAAAGCAAGGCGACGACUAGUUAUGGGCCUGAGAGAGGUCACCAAACAUAUGAAGUUAAAUAAAAUCAAAUGUGUUAUAAUUUCUCCAAACUGUGAAAAAAUUCAAUCAAAAGGUGGUCUGGACGAGGCGCUCUAUAACGUUAUAGCCAUGGCCCGGGAGCAGGAAAUCCCCUUUGUGUUUGCCCUGGGAAGAAAAGCUCUUGGUCGCUGUGUGAACAAGCUGGUUCCUGUCAGUGUGGUGGGCAUCUUCAACUACUUUGGUGCUGAGAGCCUGUUCAAUAAGCUGGUGGAACUCACUGAGGAGGCCAGGAGAGCGUACAAGGAUAUGGUUGCAGCCAUGGAGCAGGAGCAGGCCGAGGAAGCCUUGAAGAACGUGAAGAAGGUGCCACACCACAUGGGGCACUCUCGGAACCCCUCUGCGGCCAGCGCCAUUUCCUUCUGCAGCGUGAUUUCUGAGCCCAUCUCUGAAGUCAACGAAAAGGAGUAUGAAACAAAUUGGAGAAAUAUGGUGGAAACCUCAGAUGGACUGGAAACAUCAGAAAAUGAGAAAGAGGUUUCCUGUACGCACAGCGCAUCCGAAAAGCCCAGUAAACUCGCCCUUGACUCGCCCGCCGUGGGGAAGCCGCCGUCAGCAGUGGGCGCGGGCAGUCCCGCCUCUGCUCCUGGCCCGGGGAAGCCAGUGGCCGGCGAGAAGGAGGACGUGAAGCCCGAUGACCUGGAGUGGGCCUCGCAGCAGAGCACAGAGACGGGCUCUCUGGACGGCAGCUGCCGAGACCUCCUGAAUUCCUCCAUCACCAGCACCACCAGCACUCUGGUGCCCGGCAUGCUGGAGGAAGAGGAUGACGAGGAGGAGGAGGAGGAGGAAGACUAUGCCCACGAGCCCAUAUCUGAAGAGGUUCAGCUCAAUAGCAGAAUUGAGUCUUGGGUCUCAGAGACCCAGAGAACGAUGGAGACCUUGCAGCUGGGAAAAGCUCUCACCGGUUCUGAAGAAGACAACGCAGAGCACAGUGGGGAGGAGGAUGCAGAGGCAGCCGAGGCACCAGAGCCCGGGGCGGACAGUGAGGCCUGGACUGCUGACCCCCCGGCCAGCCAGGAGCCGCCCAAGCCCAGCCCCUGCAGCUCGCCCAGCAAGGAGCGCCCUGAUGCCAGUUGUCUGCCCCCCAGCGUGUGACUCCGGGACGCCCCCGCUGUCUCGCCCACUCUGCUAGAAUCUGUGCUUCAUCUCGACAUUUGCACUGUCCAGUAUUUAAUAUAUGUAUUUAAUUCCUGACAGAGAUAUUUUUGUAACUGUCUUUUCCUUGUUAUGAUCUAUGGCUUAGCUUUUAGUUAGCAUCUAUGUGUCUUUUUAAGAACUGUAUAGAAAAUUCAGAGUUGUUUGAGCUUAUUUUGUAAAGGAAAAUAAUGACUGAAGAAGAAAUGUGCCUGGCACACUUUUUAAUUUCAAAUGCCUAUGUAGAGACAUUUUGCAAGGUAAAAGUUAAAGUUCUAAAGAAAGGAGCGGUUUCCAGUGUUUGCUUCAAGACUCUGCUUCCCUUACUUGUAAUUUGUCUGGCCAGAAUGAUGUCCGGGGCUUCUUUAAAAAAAGAACUGGAGGUAGAGUUAGAAAAUAAAUUAUAGGCCGAGGCUAAAUCCACAGAGUGUGUUCCCAAUUGGUGCAGCUUUCAUUUGAAUCCCAGAUGUUGGUUAAGAAGCCACUGGCCCUUAAGAUGCGUCAGAGUUGGGCUUUGCUGAAGCACAGCCUCCAGAAUUGAGGCCAGCGGAGUACCCGCGUGCCUGAUGGCAGCUGAUCGUGGCCAGUGAGCGACACAUUGCUGAUCCAUAAGUCGCUCAUGGUGGGACCAUUUAGGUGCUGUCUCAUGGUUGCUCUGACUUGCCCCAAGUACACUUGCACAUAGGCUUGGUCACAUCAGGUGACACAUUUUGACAGGUGACCGGCUGGCCACUUGUAUGACUGCAGCACUUACGAGCAAGCCGUCUGGAAAUGGUCUGACCUGUGGUGGUCUCAGGCAUGCUUCUGAUUUGGGACCCCCCUUCAUUUGAGCUGUGCGUUGGUUUGGCUGCCCAGACCUGUCCUGAGGAGACUCCAUUCACUGUCUUAAAUGCAUCUGAGUUUUUUGCCUUAGCCUUGAACACCUUCUCCAGAACAUCAGCUAUAGUGAUUAAUAGGAGGUCAAGGAAAGGAACUUUAUACACUUUAUAAUAUGUAUCCCCAUAAGCAAGAUUGGGAAAAGCAAGUUUCAAAGAAAAGAGAAAGUCGUUCUAAUUGUGCUGAAACUAUUAGAUGAUUUUGAGUGUACGCAGGUACUUAUCUCUGCCCUUUUCUAGGAAUGCGUAUACUUGUUCGGGAGAAGUUAAAUUAACUACAUUUUAUUUGCUAAUCAGUCACCACCAAUGGUGGCCUCUACAAGGUGUGAUUGUUAGUGGGAGAAUCAUGCAUUAUUUUUCUGUGCUCCCUCCAGUCUCCUGUGACCUAUCGUCCAUCUGAGCACAGCCAGGCACAUGCACCCAUACACACAUACACGCACGUACACUCAUGCAUGCUUGAUGCUUAAUCUAGCUCACAUAAGUAGGCACAAAACCAACCAAGGAAGGAAAGAACUGUUUCUCUGCCCGGCUUUUUUGUAAAGGCCAGGGUUUUGCCUCUCAGCAGCCAGAGAGAAUAAUUGGGCAGAUCCUUUACUGAACUCAUUUGGACUACUGAAGUAGUUAUAGGUUCUAUAAAGCUGGCGUUUUAUUCCUGAAGUGGAUUCUUAGUUGAUAAUUUAGUGUUUGUGAAUUUUUAAAAUUUAGAAGCAUUGCUCUAUAGAAAAUGUCUUUCAACUUGGUCAUUUUACUGAAAGGGGUACUACUGUUACUUUCCUGUGUAAGCUGGUCCCCAGUACCAACUUGAGUACCUAAGUACCUAGAUCUGAAAGAAACGCAGCGGCAAGGAAUGAAGCCCCUGGAAGAGUAAUCAUGGAGUGAGAUGUGGCAGAUUUGAAAUGUUGACACAUUUGGAAAUGUUAGUUGGUUAAAAGAAAUGAUAGAGGUUUUGAACUACUGACAAUCUAAAGAGUAAAUUUCAGAAAACCUUUCAUACUUUUUUGGUGUAUAUGUCCUUUGCUUGCUGUCAGUAAUUCACAGAACUCUUGAUCUUGAGGUAACGGCUUUUCAAAGGUCUCUUGUAUUUUAUAUCUUUUUCAGAACGAGACUUGUGUCAUUAUAGGUUUUUUGACAUUUGUAUAGAAAAAGUUGAGAAAAUCUCCAGAACACCAGUCUUUUUUUUUUUUUUUUGCUCUGGACUUUACAAGUGUUCAGCUAUGUGUACUCUUAAUGCACUUGAACUUGGAGUGCAUUAUGCCAGCAACGUCAAGGGACCACACAAUCUUUUGUAUACAAGACAGGUCACCUUUAGAGGAUGACCCAAAAUUUAUUCAAGGAAAUGCUACUAUGUUGAAAAUAGGCUUGAAUAAGUAUUAAUAAUGUCUUUCUAAUUUGUUUCUGUUGGGUACAUUCGGGGCUUUGUGUGUAUUAUAUGUAGGAGUUGUGACAAUUAGAAAGUGGUUUAUUUCGGAAGAGGGCAUGAGUGUCUCUUUAGAGACCUACACAGAGGUAUCACAGGAGGGGAUCAUCAUCAUCAAGAAAUACAGGCCGGAGUGAUUUUUUUCUUAGUGUGUAAAGGUUUUACUGGCAAUAACUAAUAAUUAGAUUUCUAUUUCAGUACAUCAGCAUAUGAAUUACAGUAUGAAUCGUACUCUCCAAACUAGAUUUCUGCUUCAGCAGUUUUGGUUUGUUUGCUGUGGAGAUUACUUCACGCACAAGACAAGUGUUCAUAAUAGCUUAAUUUUGGUUUAAAUAUGUUUGUAAAUGAUGUAAUAUAUUUCUUUUGACUAAACCUGGGAAAAGUAAUCUGUUAUACAUUGAAAAGUUUUUAAAGGCUUUCACUGGACGUCAUUUUUGCAGAGAUGGUAUUUUAUAUGCUUCUAGUAUUUGGAAAAGAGUUAGUCAAAAGGAAUGGACAUAGUUUAAAUAUUGAGAAAUUAAUAUCCAAAUAAUGUACUUGUCUGAUUUCUUAAUAAGCUGGGGGUGGUGGGGUGUGGAAAUUGUAAUGUGCAAAUGAGUAGUGAACAGUCUCAUUUUUCAGCUCUUUAACACAAAACUUAAAAACUUAAUACAUUGUUACUUUAAUAUAUAUAUAAAGAAGUAUUACUAUUUGUAAAGCCACUCUUUGCUUACUCCUGUCAUUUGAAUAUUUUCUGUACAUUGUGCCAGCAGUUUAGAACAUUAACUUACUUAAAAAGUUUGUUUUUAAUUUGAAUUUAAAAUUUUUCUGUGAAAUAAUUUAUUUACAACUUCCUCUUUCCUUAUUCCUUCCAGUCUUUAUGUAGUCACGGAAUCAACCAAACUCUUAGCCUAAUCUGAAAUAUGAAUCUUAAUUAAUGACACAGACUUAAAACCGUUGGCACAUCACACCUUAAAAGUAUUUGUAUUAUUUUGUAAUUUAAUUUCUAAAUAUAUCACAUGGAUUUAUAAUUUAAUGUCUUAAUUUUAAUGAUCUAAUAAAGAAUUAGCAAAAUGAAUAUGAAUUGCAACAUGAAGGGAUUUUCAUUUUGUUCUUUUGCUGUAUGAAGGAUUGUUAUAUCACAUUUUAGGGGUAAUAACAGUUAUUGCACUAUGUAAAUAAUAGUGGAAAUAAUUCUUAACUAAUAAACUAAUUAGCUAUGA